CGACGCAUAAACAAUUGAGAGCUGACCUAGUCACGACGAUGAUCAAGGCACUUCUGGCGGCGGUGAUGGCGAUGGGCGUGGCGUCUAUGGAGGCCGUCCCAGUGCACGAUCGUUCGAUGGGAGGAUUCCGUCAAGUCGAUCUGAACGACGAAAACAAAGGCGACUUCUUCACGGCCACGUCCAACCCGACGCACUAUUCCCGCUCGAAUGACCCGUUUGUGUGUGUGACGUCUUUUGACAAAGUGCUUCAGCAAGUUGUGGCUGGUAUGAACUACAAGUUCCACGUGCACGGGUGUACUGUGGAUGCUCCAUCCAAGGCCCAAGCCGGCUGCGACUGUGGUGACCGCGAAGUGAAAAAGUUCGUGAUCGAGGUGUUCUCGCAACCGUGGACCCAAACGUAUAAGGUGACGAAGGUGUCGAAUGUCAACCAGCGCCAUGAGCUGUAAAGUUCUUUGCGGCCAUCUUCAUGUCGGAGCGUGCCAUUGAACCUUGUGUUGCGUGGAUCAAGAGGUUAAUGGACACCAUCACGGUAUUUGUAGCCUCCAGCUAAAACUUGGCCUUUGGUGCUGCUUUUCAUUCUUUAAGCACAAAUCACAUGGGACAAUGCAUGGAUCACCACAGUCCACCUGAUUUAUCGCAUUCGGUUCAAGACCACGGGAAAGAUGUGAAAGAAAUUUUGACCUCGCGACGAUGGAGACAUCAUCUCGCAGCGAGCAGGGUGCGAGUACUUCCCAGGACCAUUCUCGCAUCACUUCAUCCAUGGACGGCAUGGACACAAACUGUUCAGUUGAAUCUUUAUAAAUGGGAAGCCAAUCUCGGACGAUUACAUAUCAAGCAUUCGACAUGGUUUCGUUGCCAUCAGAUUAC